AUGCGCAAUCCGCAACUCGAUGGAGACAGGUUUUACGCGAAUAGAUUCACGUACAACAAACAGAGAGACCUUCUUGGUGAAGGCACAUACGGGAAAGUGUACCGCGCAUUCGACACGUUUGCCAAGUCUAGAGUUGCAUUGAAGCUUGUGAGAAUGGUCGCCAGCCAUUCAUUUGGUGCCGACUUUCUUCACUAA